AAGGGAUUCAUUAUGUUUUACUCUUCCUUUUUGUUUUUUUUCUCAGAACUUGUAUCAGAACAGGUUUCUCGGGCUUGCAGCUAUGGCCUCUCCAUCUCGCGCAUCUCAGGGCAGGCGGCGAUGUAAGAACCCGAUUCGGCACAGUUUCAACCCUGAGCAGUUCCCCAAUGUGGACUUCCAGAACGGCAUACCGGAGGAGCUGGCGGCAGCCGUGCUGCGCUCCACCAGCGACACCGACCUCGUGACCUCUCACUGCCGCUCCACCCUCACCGUCAGCACCUCCAGCUACACCAUCGGCCAGACGCAGGACAUCACCCUCAGCUGGGACAUCAAGGAGGAAGUGGACGCGGGUGACUGGAUUGGCAUGUACCUCAUUGAUGAGGUUCUGUCAGAGAACUUUCUGGACUACAAGAACAGAGGUGUGAAUGGCUCCCACAAAGGUCAGAUCGUCUGGAAGAUCGAGGCCAGCUCCUACUUCGUAGAACCGGAGACUAAGAUCUGUUUUAAAUAUUAUCAUGGAGUGAGUGGAGCCCUGCGGGCCACAACGCCAUGUGUGACUGUGAAGAACCCCUCCGCACCGGUGUUUAAGCCGGUGGCCACAGAUGACUUACCUCAGAGUCAAGGCAGCAGAAGACUCAUCAGCUUCUCUCUCUCAGAUUUCCAGGCCACUGGGCUAAAGAAAGGCAUGUUCUUUAACCCCGACCCCUACCUGAAGAUUGCCAUCCACCCCGGCAAGCACAGCAUCUUCCCUGCCCUGCCUCACCACGGCCAGGAGAAGAGAUCAGGCAUCGUCUGCAAUACCAUUAAUCCUGUUUGGCAGAGGGAGCGCUUUAAUUUUGUGUCUCUGCCCACGGAUGUGUUGGAGAUCGAGGUGAAAGACAAGUUUGCCAAAAGCCGACCCAUCAUAAAGCGUUUUUUAGGCAAGCUGUCCAUGCCAGUGCAAAGAUUACUGGAGAAACAUGCGAUCGGUGAUCGAGUGGUCAGCUACACUCUGGGUCGGAGGCUUCCAACUGAGCAUGUCAGUGGCCAGCUGCAGUUCAGGUUUGAGAUUACAUCCUCCAUCCAUCCAGAUGAUGAGGACAUGUCUCUCAGUACAGAGCAACCAGUGGCGGCAGCAGAAGCUCAAGUCCAGCCUCAGGCAGAAGACACCAUGAGUUUGGACCAGGGAGCCCCAGAGUUGCCCUUAGAUGAAGAAACGGCUUCUAUAGAGAUGCCCAUGGAUGUUGAAUCAGCCGAAGCAGAAGCUGUAGAGGAAGAGCCUUUAGAGGAAGAGCAGCAGACGCAUCCGGGGCAGCAGGAGGAAGCAGCAGCAGUCGAGAGCCGAGAACAAAUGGAGCAAGAAGAGACCAACGUUGAAGUGGAAGAGACGCCCCAAGAAGAGGCAGAAAAUGAUAGUGCCUUUGCCGAAGGGCCUGCAGAGUCUUCAGGAGAUCCUGCAGGAGUCAAAGAGGAGGCCAUCUCAGAACAGCAACCGGUUUCGGAAGAACCAGAUGUGGAUCUAGAGGAAUGCUGCUCGCUGAGGAUCAGAACCACACCGAGAAGGAAGCCGCGGCCUUGUUCCCUACCCGUGUCUGAGCUGGAGACGGUCAUCGCUUCGGCCUGUGGUGAACCGGAGACGCCACGCUCCCAUUACAUCCGAAUCCACCACCUGCUGCACAGCCUCCCGUCCACCCAGCCUCAACCAGGAGACGCGGCUGGACCUGAACCCGACCGGCCACAGGGCGUAGAAGAACAAGAAGAAGAUGAGGAAGAGACCCUUGAGCCUCACACUUUAACACCCAACGGCCCUCGCAGGACGCUGCCCCGCAGCCGCUCACACGAGCGCCUCUCCGACCUCAUUCAGAUGCUCGACGGAGAUGGACAGCCGCUCGGGGCUGAGGGACAAACCACAGGUCAAAGGUCACCAGGAGAAAGCGAGUGCGAUUUGAGCCCGGUGCCGUGCUGCAGUCACAUGGCGCAGAGGGCCUCGGGCCCCGUGCGGGCGCCGUCUCUAGACAGCGCACGGCGGUCAGAGAGCACUGUGUUUUCCUCACAGGAUGACGAGGACGAGAUGGACAGAUUGAACGGCAUUCUGGGAUUGGAGGCGGAGACAGGACAGGGCGCUAAGAGCCGGGAGCCAGGGGACGGGAGUUGUCAGUGGGAGGAGGCACCGGAUAGUCACGUACAGAGCCCACACGGCAUUAUGGGUAACGGAGAAUCACCAGUAGCUGGACCAAGCAGCAGAAUGAGCCAGCUGCCCGCCCUGCGGCCCGACCCACAUCACUAUCCCACCAUAGACGAGCCGCUGCCACCGAACUGGGAGGCCCGUAUUGACAGUCACGGCCGUGUGUUCUAUGUGGAUCACAUUAACCGGACCACCACUUGGCAACGGCCAACGUCCGCAGCCACGCCGGAUGGCCUGCGCAGAUCUGGUUCCGUCCAACAGAUGGAGCAGCUCAACAGGAGGUACCAGACCAUCCAGAGGACGAUGGCCACAGAGAGGAGAGACGAGGAGUCAGGCAGCCCCCGCAACGAGAGAACAGCCAACACUGAGACAGACUCGCCUCCACAGACAGCCGAGUUGAGGAGAGACUCUUCAGGUUCUCCAAGUCACUGUCAGAAGAUCACGUUACUGCUGCAGAGUCCAGCAGUCAAAUUCAUCACUCACCCAGAGUUCUUCACUGUUCUCCACGCAAAUUAUGGGGCGUAUCGUAUGUUCACAAAUAGCUCGUGUCUGAAACACAUGGUCCUAAAGAUCAGGCGUGAUGCCCGAAACUUUGAGCGGUACCAGCACAACCGUGACCUGGUGGCCUUUUUAAAUAGGUUUGCUGAUGCUCAGCUGGAGCUGCCACGGGGCUGGGAGAUCAAAACAGGCCCACAGGGGAAGUCGUUCUUUGUAGACCACAACAGCCGUGCCACAACCUUCAUUGAUCCCAGGAUCCCCUUGCAAAACGGCAGAUUGCCCAACCACCUGACGCACCGCCAGCACCUGCAGAGAUUACGCAGCUACAGCGCAGGAGAGGCGUCUGAGGUGUCGCGCACCCGAGGGGUGUCCUUGUUAGCCAGGCCUGGAAAUAGCCUGGUAGCAGCCAUACGAAACCAAAGCCAGCAGGAGCCAGUGCCAUUAGCAUACAAUGAUAAGAUUGUAGUGUUUUUACGGCAACCGAACAUCUUUGAGGUGCUACAGGAACGGCAGCCGAGCCUGGCGAGGAAUCACUCGCUCAAGGAAAAGGUGCAUCACAUCCGAACCGAAGGCACACAGAGACUGGAGAAGCUGUCGUGUGAUGCUGACCUGGUCAUACUGUUAAGUUUGUUUGAGGAGGACAUCAUGUCUUACGUUCCUCUCACAUCAUUUCACCCUGGGUUCAACUUCUCUCCACGCUGCUCUCCUGGUUCCUCUCCUCAAAACUCUCCAGGCUUCCUUGAGCGAACUCCUCUCGUUCCAGCCUGCUGUCUGUCUGGUGAGAGCUCUCCAGGGACUCAGAGAGCUCGGGCACCAGCGCCCUACCGCAGAGAUUUUGAAGCCAAACUGCGCAACUUCUACAGGAAGCUGGAGGCAAAGGGCUACGGGCAAGGACCCGGCAAGAUUAAAUUGAUCGUCAGAAGAGAUCAUCUGUUGGAAGGAACAUUUAACCAGGUCAUGGCCUACUCUCGUAAAGAGCUCCAGAGAAACAAGCUGUACAUUACCUUUGUUGGAGAGGAAGGACUGGACUACAGCGGUCCAUCGCGGGAGUUUUACUUUCUGCUAUCUCAGGAGCUGUUUAACCCUUACUAUGGCCUGUUUGAAUACUCCGCUAACGACACAUACACUGUCCAGAUCAGCCCCAUGUCUGCUUUUGUGGAAAACCAUUUGGAAUGGUUUCGUUUCAGUGGUCGAAUUCUUGGCCUGGCUUUGAUUCAUCAGUAUUUGUUGGACGCCUUCUUCACCCGCCCGUUUUAUAAAGCUCUCCUCAGACUAUCCACGGAUCUCAGUGAUCUGGAGUACCUGGAUGAGGAGUUUCAUCAGAGCUUACAGUGGAUGAAGGACAACGACAUCACAGAUGUGCUGGAUCUCACCUUCACUGUCAAUGAGGAAGUGUUCGGACAGGUGACUGAGCGGGAGCUGAAGUCUGGCGGGACAAACUUGCAGGUGACAGAGAAGAAUAAGAAGGAGUAUAUCGAGCGGAUGGUGAAGUGGAGGGUGGAGCGCGGUGUCGUCCAGCAGACGCAGGCUCUGGUCCGGGGCUUUUACGAGGUGGUGGACUCCCGUCUGGUGUCUGUGUUUGAUGCCAGAGAGCUGGAGCUGGUUAUUGCAGGAACAGCAGAGAUUGAUUUAAAUGACUGGAGAAACAACACAGAGUACAGAGGAGGUUAUCAUGAUGGGCAUAUUGUGAUCCGGUGGUUCUGGGGUGCGGUGGAACGCUUCAAUAAUGAACAGAGACUGCGUCUGCUGCAGUUUGUGACGGGCACCUCCAGCGUGCCGUACGAGGGCUUCACCGCGCUGCGCGGGAGCAACGGCCUGCGACGCUUCUGCAUCGAGAAAUGGGGCAAGAUCACAUCGCUCCCGAGGGCGCACACAUGCUUUAACCGUCUGGAUCUUCCACCGUAUCCAUCCUACACCAUGUUGUACGAGAAACUGCUGAUUGCUGUGGAAGAGACCAGCACUUUUGGCCUUGAGUGAGGACUUGACGGAUAAAGCACCUUCCUCCCGGUGACCUUUCCAUGUACACCGUAUGUAAUUAUCUACUACUAGCGCGGAUCGUGUCCUGUGUCCGUUUCUUUGGUUUGUUCAGGACACCACUGCAUGCAUCAGUCACCUGCGCAGGUGGACAGUGUGUAACGGGUAUGCAAUAGUGAAAGAGAAGCCUUCAACCUGCUUUUAACACUCAGGACCUCGACCUCCUCUGGAGUCGCUCUCAGUUCACACAUCAUCAUUUCACCGCAAACCGUAAGGGCCAGCAUCCUUUCUGUUGGUGCAUUUUCACAUUGAACAAGAAUUGUAACGUUAAAACCAAAUAUGCUCACAGAAAAUAUCUGAUCGAGGUGCCGUAAUUACUGUAAAUGUGUGCACUAGUUCACAUAAUCUCACCGAACACGGCAUCAUCACAGGAAGUGACGUCACUUCGCAGGAGUCAAAAGGGGGAAAUGGCAAGCCUGAGCCUUGAUUUGACACUUUUGAUGUAUUCAUUUGUACUAAUCAAUACAUUUAAAUAUUAAAAUCAUUAAAGCAUCAGACAUGUUUAAGGAUGUUUAAGGCUUCAUGCUGUCUUGUCUGAAAUGUUUGAAUGAAUUUCAAUGAAUUGAUGUAUUUGGGUUUAAAAACCCAACAUAUGAGGUUUACUAAAAUGGCGAAACACAACAAAUCCAAUCAGAAUAUAUUUCAUGUUUAAACCGAUGAGAUUGCACUCUGGGGGCGGAGCCAUCCAGCGUAACAACACAUAAAAACAAAGAACUGAAAAUGUCUUGUUCGUUGCGUUUAGAUAAGACACUGUGUAAAGGUGCAUUCAUGGUAACGGCGAUUUAUAGUGAUUUGAGCCAACAGGAGCAACAACAACCAGUGAUGAUACGAUGUGGGCGUGUACUUUAUGUAAAUGAGUAAUGCAAUGCACUGCCAAUGGGAAUGAAGACAUCUCGGAAGUAAAUGCUCAUAAUGAGCAGUUUCAUGUAAUUCUUUACACACUACUGCAGUUUCCUUGAGCAUGUCAAUUUUUAGUGUUACAAUGGAAUGAUACUUUGUUUUUAUUUAUUUAUUUCAGUUUUCAAAAUCAGAUCAUGGGUGUUACUGUCUGCGCUCCCAUUGGCAGUUGCUGCAUCACAUUUGUUGCUCAUUUGCAUAAAGUUCAAACGUUUGUCUAAACUUUGUCGCAUCGCCAUCUCUCACUGUCUUGCUUAAAAUUGACGGAUGCCAUAAUAUGCACUGGCUUUCCCUAAUGUUUAUGAAAUGUGUGUUUGCUUUUCUAUUUAUAUGAUGUCAUUUUAUGGCUUAAAUUGGUGAGGGGAUUGAAAGAAAUGACAGACCAAAUAGUAAAAAUUGUGCACCACACGUCAUGUUCUUCAGAGCGUUUGAGCUGUUUGUGUAUUUGAAGAGCAGUGAGUCAUUUAUUUAUUCAUAAAGGAAAUUGGUUUAAAUGUCAGGACAGGUUUCUUUGAAAUGUCAGUUGUUCGUUCUGUGGUUGGUUUAUUGACGACUAGAUUCGAUUGCUGUGCUGAAGUUUUGAUUAUUGCUCAUGUUUACAUUUUAAGAUGAUGUGAAUGUGUGUAUUAUACAUUUAAGAUGCUCAUAAAUUGUCUUCACAUAUGCCAUUUAAAGGUGCAUGUGUUUCUGUCUAAUCCACACUUGAUGAAUCGGUCUUUUACUAUUGUCUCCUAAUAUUUUCUAAAUGGGAACGUUCACCCCCAAAAAAGCUUUGUUUGAAUAUGCAGAAGAAUGGGAAAGUCAUACAGAUUCAAUUAUUAUGUUUUCCUGAAGUUUUCAUUUUUGGGUGAACUGUCUUUUUAAUGUGGUGGUGGAUGAAGAACAAGCAAUCAGGCUUUUGAUUGUGUCUGAAAUGUAAUUCUGCUCAAAAACAAUUGCAGCUCAAAAUGAACAACACUCAGCUUAAGGAAUGUAGAAAGUGAAUUUGUAUUAUUUAUCCCAAUUAAGAAAUCAUAAAAUGUCUGUAUAUCACAUGUGUGCAUACUUGCUUGAGCAGUCUGUGUAAAAUCUCAAUUUUAAAAUGUGAUGAAUCCAUUCAACAGCCAACAAUUCAUCUUUUUUUUUUUGUACAUGUCUUCAUACUUACUAUUUGCAUAAUGUUAGUUUUCUCAAAUGUAUAUUACUAUGCAUAUUUGGUUGGAAUUGUAAGAAAUGCUACUCUUUGGCGCUUGUGGAGGACGUUUCUUCAUUUGUCAAGACACUCGCAGCCAUUUGACAAUGUGAGAGAAAUGAGGAGAAGGUUCUGGAACAUACUGCCUCUCUAUAAACAUGGCAUUCUGGGAAAUGCAGAAGGGUUUGGCUCCUGCUUCCACCUCGGACACAAGGCCUGCUUGGGUCUUUUUACACUUUAAUCUAUGUGUAUGGAAGAGAAUAAAAGCGGGAAAUGUACAAAUGUUUUGAAUUGUGUAUUGAGGACACUUAUAGCGUCUCUCUCAGGCUGAGCUCUGUAACUACAGCAUAACACUGUUAACGAAUGUCAAU